AUGAAACAUUUUGAAAAAGGUUCGAUCUGCAUUUGUUUAGAUUUCGAGGAAAAACAGUUUGUCAUAGGGGUUGAAGGUUUUGUUGAGCAGUUUAAGUUCAUUUUUCCUUUAGUGGCUGCCAACAUGUCUCCAGGCGUGUUAGGCCAAACUGCAUCACCCCAGCAACAAAACCUUCAUAGCAGUGCUUACUCGUACACGGGACAAAGUCAUCCACGUCCACAGAAUAUUUAUGGGACCUAUCAGCAACAACAACAGCAGUGCAAUAGCUCUUGUAACGGUUUUGCCAGUAAUAUAGCCAUUCCUAACUCAAUUAUUCGCUCGCGUGGUGCGUCGAACAGUGUCACACGUAAUAACACCGACUCACCACAGGCCGAUGCUCCACUCAGCUCGACAAAUGUUUACAUACGAGGACUUGAUUCCAGUACGACUGACGACGACCUAAGGAAAAAGUGCGAAAAAUAUGGAGCCAUCUUGUCAACAAAAGCAAUCAUGGACAAAACAACUGGCCAGUGUAAAGGUUACGGUUUUGUGGAUUUUGAACGCGCAGAUGCAGCUCUUUCAGCUGUUGAAGGGUUAAAUCAGGAAGGGAAAAUUCAGGCUCAGAUGGCCAAGGUCAGUGCCGUGGUGCGUUUCGUGCAGCAAGAACAGGACCCAACAAAUCUUUAUUUUGCAAACUUGCCGCCGAAGUUCACCGAAAACGAUCUCGAAAAGGCAUUAAAUGGUUAUGGAGAGGUUAUCAGCACUCGAAUUUUAAAAGAUCAAGAUGGUGUUAGUCGAGGGGUUGGGUUUGCAAGGAUGGAUAGCAAAGAAUUGUGUGACAGGAUCAUAAAAGAAAUGAACGGCAAAACUAUACUGAAUGGUACGACGCAACCGCUGCUUGUUAAGUUUGCGGACAGUGGUAAGAAGUUGAGGCCUAGACCUGCUCCGGUACAAACAGUGUAUUCGAAUGUCCCACAGAUGGAUAUUUCGCCGUAUUUCACUAAUCAGUAUGAGCCACUGAAUUCAAGCUAUAUACGUAGUGCGCCAGUGCCUUACAUGAUUCCGGCAGCGUCACAAUAUGUUAUGAAUCCUCAUUAUCAACAUGUUAUAUCAGGAUAUCCGGAUCCGCAGAUGGGGGGAAUUGCAUCUCAGUUGCAUAACCUUUCUAUACAUGGUACAAAUGCUGCGGUUUCACAGCAGCCGACGGACAUGAAUGGAAGUGUAAGUAAUGGAGCUGUAUCGGCUGGCCAAUCAUCUGGUGGUUCUGCUGUGCAGCCUAUGACAAUGCAUCCUUCAUAUACUUAUCCUAUUUAUAGUUAUCCCUUUCACUAUGGAGUGCAGGGUGGAGAACCAAAUCUGGCUGCAAUGACCUUGAUGCAGUCAGCAACACCACCUACAGCCUACAUGCCAUCUAACGAUAUGCUGAUUCAUCCUGAAUUACCUUCAAACGCACCUGCAAUAUAUACCAGUCAACCGCCACCGACUAUGCAGAGCCAAGCACCUACAGGAGCAGCUCCGUCAAAAUAA